CUCCGUGCCAGCUCUCGCGGGAGUCCUCGCGUUUCCUGAUCAUUUUUUUUUCCAAUUCGCGGACGACGAGCAACUAGUAGAAACGAAAUUUUGAUAAAAAUGCCUCUCGACCGAAAGUUUUAGUAAAAUAGAAUGAAAAACGCAUUAAAAAAAUAAGUGAACAAAGUUUGAACUGUUUUUUGACUCUGAACACAAUUUUGGAGCUCACAGUACAGUUUCGAGACGAUAAAUACGAACGGCGUUUUCAUUGCAUCUUCAACAAGUGGGAUUUUAUAUACGAAUUUCCCAAUAAAAAAAGAGGAUUACGUACGACGAGUUUGGCACGUGUUUUCGAGUUUUUGCUCUUUUUUUUUUCAAGAGAUUCAUUAUUUUUUUGAUACUUUAAGCGAAAAAAUCUACAUUCCGUAGGACAGAAAGGAUUAUCUAUCCUGCUGUAGCUCGGCUAACUUCGAAUGCGGAUAUUACGCUACCUGCUCGCAAUCGAUAGUGUCGUGGCAACCUCGUGUUCCCUUUGACCACCAAAAGCCUCUGCUACCUCGGACAAACGCACUCUAUCCCUUCAUUUUAUCUUCUCAAUUUCAUGUCCGCACGAAAUUCAGUGAAUCUUUUCAUUUUAUUUUAUUUUCUCUUGAAUAUCAGCGGUGCUCAAUUGUUUAUUCGAUCGGUGUUACGAUCGUUUUAGCUACAUCGAUCGUCCUCGUAAAAAUAGUUUGCAUUUUUUUUCUUUAAUUUCACCUUCCAACGUUAGACAAUAAAUAAUCGAAGCACGUGGCAAAAUGGAGACAAUCGACGGGAGAAGAGUCGGUCACACGGCAGCAUCAACUUUCGUUAGAUCUUUGAGACUCUCCCUCUUUGGUCUCCUUCUGUGCGCGAAAAGUGGACAAACUGGUCCCAUUAUUACCGACAUCGGAGCGAUGAGAUAUUUGUCGCAAUUCGGUUACUUGUUACAUUCGAACCCGGCGAACGGUGGAAUAAUAACCGAGGAUGUGAUGAAGACGGCGAUCGCUGAAUUUCAGGCAUUCAACGAUCUCAAUGUCACAGGCAAAUUGGACAACGAGACGAUGCAUCUGAUGAUCGCACCGAGAUGCGGCGUCAAGGACAAAAUUGGAACGUCCGAUGGAAGAUCGAAACGAUAUAUUCUUCAAGGUUCUCGCUGGCGCGUUAGGAAUUUGACUUACAAAAUCACGCGAUAUCCCCGUACGAAGACGUUGACGAAGAGCCAAGUCGACGAAGACGUUGCAAAAGCUUUUGCGGUUUGGUCCGAUCAUACCGAUUUGACAUUUACUCAAAAAAGUCCAAACACGAAGAACGUGCACAUAGAAAUAAAAUUCGCAAAGGGCGAACACGGGGACGGGGAUCCGUUCGACGGUCCUGGAGGUACGCUCGCUCACGCCUAUUUUCCAAUUUACGGGGGAGACGCUCAUUUCGACGACGAGGAGAUUUGGACGGUAAACAGUUACCGCGGAACGAAUCUAUUUCAAGUAGCCGCUCACGAGUUCGGACACUCGUUGGGAUUGAGUCACAGCGACGUUCGCGCAGCCCUCAUGGCACCGAUAUACAAGCCUUAUGAUAAAGGCAAUGUUUUGGAUAGCGACGAUAUCGAGGCGAUUCAAGCACUCUACGGUGAAAAGACGAAACCAUCCGCAACCGAUGCGAACGGUAGCAGGGCGCCCGUACCAAAAACCGGCGAAGAGGAUCCUGAUUUGUGCAACAAUCCCAAAAUCGAUACCAUCUUCAAUUCUGCCCAAGGCCACAUUUAUGCAUUCAAAGGUGACAAAUACUGGAAAUUGACGGACGAUGGUAUCGCGAGCGGAUAUCCCAAGCGAAUUAGCGACUCGUGGAGAGAAUUGCCCAAGGACAUAGACGCCGCGUUCACCUAUAAAAAUGGAAAGACUUAUUUCUUCAAGGGCUCGAGAUAUUGGAGGUAUAUUGGAAAAACAAUGGACGGUGAUUAUCCGAAGCAGAUUAGCGAAGGAUUUACCGGGAUACCGGACAACAUCGACGCCGCGACCGUUUGGACCGGGAAUGGAAAAAUUUACUUUUACAAGGGAACGAAAUUUUGGCGUUUCGAUCCAACGCAAAAGCCACCGGUAAAGAGUACUUAUCCGAAGCUUUUGUCCAACUGGGAAGGUGUGCCGGAUAACAUUGACGCCGCUCUUAAAUACAACGGUUUCACAUACUUCUUCAAGGGCAACGCCUAUUAUCGAUUCAACGAUGCGUCCUUUUCCGUCGAUCGCGACAAUCCGGAAUUCCCACGAUCGAGCGGUUACUGGUGGUUCGGUUGCAAAUCAGCAAACAAAGGAACACUAGGUAAUGUCCGAUGGAACGGAGGAUACCCCUCCAUUGAUAAUUCCUUCUUUUAUGGAAAUUUGGAAAAGCUCGGGGGCAAUCCACCGGAUAACGGUUACGACGAUGCUCGCGAUGAGGUCGGCGACAUCAUUUUAGACGCAGGUGAUACGGAUGAGCAACUCGUGACGUCGCUAAAUCAAGAUGUGGAGAAGAAUGGGAGUCCUGGCAGUAUUGUAUCAAGAACUCAUCGGUAUUGGGCAUCCGCUAUUAGUCUUACGAUUCUCAGCCUGACGAGGUACCUCGGAUCGACGUAGAAACCAAUUUCAUUGAGAAUUAAAAUAUACGUUUUUCAUGAAUUUAUUUCUGGAGAGCUGAGAGAAAAAGAGUAAGACUAAAUACCGUCCAGUAUGCGUGGACCAUUCGGCUAUACGCUCGAUAGCGAUCCCGCAACAAUUCCAUGCACUAGCCAUUUUUAUUUAAUUUCUAAUUCUUCUCCUGUACAGUUACUAUUAUCACUUUUGUAUACGUAAAAGAGUGGCAUAGGUAAAACACGGUGAUCAAGUCCUCGGGGAUUGAUUCCAAUAAUUUGUUAUCCUUUUAUCAAAUUUCGCUGGAUUCAUUGCAUUGAUACGCCGCGUUUCCCGAUUCUCAAUUCACAAUUAAUUCACAAUAUCUUCGCCGGAUAUCAAUUUGAGUGAGGAUAUCAAAUUUUUCCGCGUCAGACGAGCCUCGCAUAAGAAUUUUCACCGGGACGCGAAAAAAUUGAAAUCAUCAACAAUAUUAUUGACUGCCAAUUGAAUUGAAAAAUUUCGAUUCUUCGAUCAAAGAUUUUCAUGAAUUAUUUACGGCAAAAUUCUACAUCUCGUAAAUAUACAUAUCGUUAUAUUUCGGAGUUAAUGCGGUGGUACGAUUCUAGAAGUAUUCGCGUCAAGAAUAAACGCACGAAUUCUAAAAUGAAUAUUGGCAGUAAAAUUCAUCGUUUUGUGCACCUUUUAUUCUUUUCGAUCGCUAAAUCCAGUCAGUAUUUUUUUUUUUUUUUAACGAAUCUCUGAGCAAUGAAGCGUCUUUUGGAUUUAUCAGACAUAUUUCUGUAUAUACCAACAGAGCGGCGGUCAUUGUGCGGGGAGAUUUCGAAAAAACCGCGUUGCUCGACAAAUCGUGCAUGCAUAAAAUAAUAAUUAUAAUAACUAUUCAUUAGUACGCUCUAGUUUGCGCUUAAAAUUUUCAUUUAGCUGCCGCGAGCUUCGGAUUUGUUAUAUCGACGAGGUAGUGAUACAAUUUUCGAUAUUCAUACAAAGACCUUUCGAAAAUGUGCAAUUUCAUUCGAUUUAAAUGAAUAUUGUCGAUUCUAGCUUUUCGCGGACCUAUCCGUUUUGAGGGCCCGGCGAUCGAAAAUUAUUAAUUAACAACGCGAUAACGAUAAAACAGAAGAAAAAUGUUUGUAUAUUUUUUUAAAAUAAUUAUGUCAGUAAUAGAUAUAGGGGAGAGAUUGUCUUCUCUCGAAGGCACGAAAACGCACAAGUCAAAGCUCUUCGGUGUGGCUUCGGUAUAUUUUCAAAAACACUGAAAAAUAUAUAAUUAUCCAAGAUAAAUGAAGAAAAAAAAUGGCGCUCCGGUAUAGUUUUUUAAGCAUAUAUAGUACGAGAGUUUGCGAGUGUGAGUGCGCCGCAGAGCGAGCGUUCAUAUUUUUGUAAUUUAUGAAUAAUGCGUCAAACGAAUGUCAAAUGCGCCUUAAAAAAAAAUAUUGCCAGGUACAUGCCUUGAGACGAAAUAAUCUCGAAACCGCCCAAUCAUCUCGAACUACGCCGUUUCAUUUUUUUUUUUUUUUUUUUUUUUUUUUUAAUAAAAAAGUUUGACGUUGAAGGAAUCGAUAUUCCUCGUCAAAUAUUUCGAAAAAUCAUAGGAAAUUUUGCAUAAUUCUUCGAAAUAACUCGAAACGCGAAAAUUCAGUAAAAAGUGUUUGUCGGAGCGGGCAGAAAAAUCAUUUCGUCGAGUAACAGUUAGUACUUAAUCGAUAAGAAUUGCACUCAGAUAAUAGCGGUGAUGAAAAAAAAAAUUAUAAAAAAUGUCCCGACAGUCUCGAUCACAUUUUUUCGAGAAAAAAAAAAAAAAAAAAAACAUGUCUUUCAAGUAAUACUUUUGCACUGUUUUAUUCCAUCGAAACCUCCGCAUUGUAUUAUAUCUUCCAUAGUCAUGUAUAUGCAUAACCGUAAUAUUAGUAAUAAAGGGAGCUAUGCAUAUUUUA